UGCCUCGCGCUAGACCUUUUGAGAGGCACGUUCUGAUGACAGAGUUCUUACAUUACGCCUUCGAAAUCAGGGCUUCGGUCGGGAGGCCCCCGGUGACGAUGGGAUAUACGGGGCGGGCGGUUCAUAUAGCUGGGUUCUUCGUCUUGUGCUUGGUCACCGGCGUAUCCGAGGUCGUCCACGGGGUUGCCGAACCCGAUGUCACCACCGGGAGGCCACCCUGGGAAGCAGGAACGAUUGAGAAUAAGGAUCAGCAGGUGAUCAUCGAGCAUGUCGAUGGGCAGCAGAGCAAGGCCCCUGUGGAUUGGAUUUUGGUGCUCGGCAUUAUUAUCGCUGUCCUCCUGCUGCUCAUGUUGUUCGUGUUGAUCACCCGACUGCCCCACUCUAAUCCGAAGUACACGCGGCUCCACCUUGUGGCUGGUGGAGAAAAUCCUGAAGAGGCGUUCACGUACAUCGCCGCUUCCAACCACAGGCACGCUCACCUCCAGGACAUGCCUGGUUGGAGGCACGAUUUGAUUCCCUCCCAACACCAACAACGCAGUAACGUCCCACGUUUUGCUACCAAAUUCGAGGCUAGAGGAAGUCCCCAGCAGACAACAACCCGAACCACUCUACAAUACGAUGCUAGAAGGCCACAGACGACCAAUGAGCCCGAACGUCUGGCAGACCGAAGUCUUCCCUGUUAUAACAGCGAAGGGCCUGACGUCAACAGGACAUAUUCGCGAGAAACAGUGGACUCUCCUGUGGCUGAUGAGCCUCCUUACAAGCAGAUAAAGACAGUCGACUGUCAAGAUGACUUUGAGGAUGACAGCACUUGCGUCACGUUGGCAUCUCGGGAGACGCUCGUCCGCGCCGGCAGCCCCGUUGGUGUAAUUCUUUACAACCGUGACGUCGUAACCGAAGUAAGAUCGCCCGCUUCAUUGGCUCCCUUGGCUCCCUCCGACAAAAAUUUUGAUACAGCGCGAUCAGACAUAAAUUUAACAAUACCCGAAGUGGAGGACAACGGGAAAGGUCCAAGAUAUACCCAAUACCAAUCUCUCCGUCCAUGUACAACCCAGAAUAUCGCCUUGCCAAGUACCGAUACGACAAAGUUCAUUGUUUCGCCAGACACAAGUACGGAACAUGAGUCAAUGAUACGCGGUCCCUCUACGCAACUUGGCGAGCAGGCGAGCAGGGAGCUUUCCAUGAAGGAAUUCCCUAUGACUGCUACUCGAUCUGAUGAACCCACUAGGAAGCCGCGGGUAAGGCGGAAUGCACUGGCCGUGGACGCUGAAGUAUCCCCAGGAGAGGAUGUUCAGCCAGCAGGAAAGCUGAGUAACGCCCCAACGUCGUACCAUACAGAGUUAACGGGUACAGGUCCGCACCCCGCGAGGAGAAAGAUAUCUGGCGCAGAAAUUCCACCUGAAGAGGGUUACGUCCAUCAGAUGCCCCUGAUGGAACCACGCCUCAUUUCUGACCAGCCGACUGACAUAGGCCAAGCAGAAAGGUCUGAGAAGGAGGGGCCGACACCACUUCGCAGGACUUCAAUUGAACGCAGGGCGAGCAGCAGUGAACGUGCCAUGGAAAACGCAUCUGGAGGAGGUUUAAAUUGCAUUAUGUUUGAAGAGAGGCCUAGCAUUGAGUAUUUCCCCUACGAGAGUAUAGAGUAUGCGCCUGUAAUGAGACAGCCAACGAAUGUUCCAAAUGCACAAGACGAGCUGACGGGAGUAACAUCUGAAGUUCCUGCACAGCGCACAAUUGAUGGCGAGGAAAAAGCACAGAGUCAACAAGCUUAUCUCAAAUCCGAGCUCGAACGUUCUGAUGCACCACAAGAAGAUGCACAAGAUCUUACUGAUGCACAAUCACCAGGCCAGGGCACACGACUUCAUCCCAAUGCUCCUCUCACUAUACGAUACGGAAAUGCCUUGCAGUCUCCCACUAGGCAAAUGUCACGGUCUGAAUGUUGUGAUACAGCAAUGCUUGAUUUAAGUCUUAUUCCACAUGAACAGGAAUCACUGCUACCAUCGCCGACACCAUCAGCAGACUUCGAACUGCGAAGAGGGGAUGACGAAUCUGUUAGCCUUUUGGAAGAGCUUCGCGAUGCUGAGCGGCAAAUGAUGCAGUCUGGAAAUGUUCUACCUCCUAUCGAUGACAAUUGCAUGCAGGUUAGGCAGGAUAUUGCCAAGAAAACUACUGGGAGGAUGAUUUCAAGAGAAGCUGUAACUGAAUGCUUCAAUGAGCUAAUACGUUAUAUGCAUGCGGUUGCAACACGGGAAGACAAAAUUCCAGUCAGAGCGAACGAAAAUAUUACUCAACUGUCCGAAGCGUCAUCUCCUAACCUCACUGAUGUCGCCGAGGGAGAUAUUCCGGAUUCGGGAUCGUUGUCUGGCUCUACAUCGCCGUCUGCCAGGUCGGAACGUAGAGGACAGAAGAGACUUCUGAAGACAAAACCUGUUAAAAAAGCAACCACACAUAUUCUUUUCUCCUCGACCGUUCCUUUCGAACAAGAAACCGCGGAUUCGCAAACGUUUGAGCCAUCUCCGGAAGUCCUGGAGGUGGUUGAUGAUGACCUCACCGGUAUUCCAGACGAGGUACGAACAACGCAUUCUCCGAGGAGCCCAAACGUGGCGUACGCACUAGGUAGCGGGAUUGAUGACACAUUGUCUAGCAGUAGCGCGAAGAACCAGAACGCUGAAAGGAAACUGGAAAAAUCCAACACGACGAGCCCUUGGCGCCGUAUCAGUUCCCCGCAGUUCUUCAAUGAGAGGAGUUCUUCAUUACCAUCUGGUCUAUCCACGCCACAUUCACAGCGAAGAAAGAAAGAACAGACUACGCUUAUAACUGCCCCAGACAUUUCGGAAGCGCCUUUCAUAGAGACAGACUCACCUCCUGUGUCCCUUACGCCCCAGAGGUCCAUGACUACAAGCCCUCGAGAAUACAGCCGCUCGACUCCGGGUAACUUGCAACGUUCGAAUACCUCUUGGACGCCUGGGAUGUCACCCACGAAGCCCGUGUCACCGGGAAAAUAUGGGCUACAGCAAAGAAAAGUGUCUGACGACGAGGUUACGAAUGUUGAGCCCAAAAAUGGUCAAGUCUCGAGUAAAGCGUCAGCGGAGACUCACGUGGAGCUGCCGCAGAGGUCGCUGAAGGUGCUUCCCGAUGAAGGACCACAUAGCGAGAAAGAGAAGGAUUAGACCUCGACAUAAUGCCGCUUAUGGUUAAAGAUGCGGUGGUAGCAUUUUUAUUCAGAAAUGUUAAUAAACCUAUAUCAAGUGACAA